AACUGCACAGCAAGACCUUGUCUCAGAAAUACAAAAAAAAAAGGCAGGGGGUAUGUACAGAGAUAAAGCACUACAAAGAAACAAUGCUGGCAGCUUCCUGAGCAGCGGCCCUGGGGGAGCUGAAACAGUGCUAAUCUUUCCCGGGAAGAACACCUCCCCAAACAAAACUACUUUUCCAGAUUUCCUCUGAUGAAUGAGCUUUCUAUGCUGCCUUGAAGCCCUUGAAGCCAGAGCCCUAUAGUCUGGAAGCUCAAGGUGAGAAAUGAUUCCUGUGUGUCCUGCUAACCUCUACCUCUAUAAUGCAAGUAAAUCCAAGGGAGGAAGCUCUUUCAAGAGAUGCCCCACCCCUCAAGGAUGGAGGUGGCUAUCACUUCACUCCCAAAAGCUCCAGGAUCCACACCCUUCCUUCCUGUUUCAGAACCUGGGUCAUUUCCUCGAUCAUUUCCCUUGCUACAGAACAUUUUGAAUCUUUGCUCUUUGUCUUAUUGGUAAAGCUCUUAAUUGGCUAGACUCAUCACAUUGCUAGACAUAAAGACUAUAAUCCCUAGACUAAGAAAGCCUACAGUUGGGGUAGGAAGUCUUGGACAAGGUAGGCAGGGCAUAAGAAUCUAUCACCUGCUCUCACAUAGUCCCAUAUAAGCUAGCUCUUAGGAAAGCAAGAGAAUGACACUCAAUCCCAAAUACUUUUUCCCUUUUCACACAGAGAAAAUCUUACAGGAGAAGCAUUAAGAGCCUGAGGAAGUAGCUGAGGAGACAACAGAGAUGGGGAGUGGAAUCAGUGCAGAGGACAAAGAGCUAGCCAAGAGAUCCAAGGAGCUAGAAAAGAAGCUGCAGGAGGAUGCAGACAAGGAAGCCAAGACUGUCAAGCUGCUGUUGCUGGGUGCUGGGGAGUCAGGAAAGAGCACUAUCGUCAAGCAGAUGAAGAUCAUUCACCAGGAUGGCUAUUCACCAGAAGAAUGCCUGGAGUUCAAGUCUGUCAUCUACGGGAACGUAUUACAGUCCAUUCUGGCUAUCAUCCGCGCCAUGUCCACGCUGGGCAUUGACUAUGCUGAUCCAGGCUGUGUGGAUGCUGGGCGACAGCUCAACAACCUGGCUGACUCUACUGAGGAGGGGACCAUGCCUCCUGAGCUGGUGGAAGUCAUCAGGAAAUUGUGGAAGGAUGGUGGAGUGCAAGCCUGCUUCGACAGAGCUGCAGAGUAUCAGCUCAAUGAUUCAGCCUCUUACUACCUGAACCAACUGGACCGGAUUACAGAUCCUAACUACCUCCCUAACGAGCAAGAUGUGCUACGAUCCAGAGUCAAAACCACAGGCAUCAUUGAAACAAAGUUUUCUGUCAAAGACUUGAAUUUCAGGAUGUUUGAUGUGGGAGGACAGAGAUCAGAGAGAAAGAAGUGGAUCCACUGCUUUGAGGGUGUCACAUGCAUCAUCUUCUGUGCAGCCCUCAGUGCCUAUGACAUGGUGUUGGUAGAAGACGACGAGGUGAAUCGUAUGCAUGAGUCUUUGCAUCUGUUCAACAGCAUAUGUAACCACAAGUUCUUUGCUGCUACUUCCAUUGUCCUCUUUCUCAACAAGAAGGACCUUUUUGAGGAAAAAAUCAAGAAAGUCCAUCUCAGUAUUUGUUUUCCAGAGUAUGAUGGGAACAACUCCUAUGAGGAUGCGGGGAAUUAUAUCAAGAGCCAGUUCCUUGAUCUCAAUAUGCGAAAAGAUGUCAAAGAAAUCUACAGUCACAUGACAUGUGCUACAGACACACAGAACGUCAAAUUUGUGUUUGAUGCAGUUACAGAUAUUAUCAUCAAAGAAAAUCUCAAGGACUGUGGACUCUUCUAAUCCACAACUGCUCAGGUCUUCAAAUGACUAUGGGGAAAUGAUGCUGUGAAAAGACUGCCAGCUAAUGGAUACACUUGUUGGUGCUGCCACCGGGUACCACCUUUUUGCAAUGCAAUAUAAUCUGUGAAUCAACAUAAGAACAUCGCAAAGCAUCUUCAUCUAUAUUCCUACUUCGUCAGAACCACAGGCUAUCACAGUUGAAAAGAACAUCUUAGUCCAUCUUCAGAAACAAGACUGAAAGAGACCUUUGCAAGAUUUCAAGGCUAGGCUGAAGCAAGGAAAGACCAGCACUCCAAAUAAUACUCAGUGAAGAUUCACAGGGGUCUCAAGUCCUUUAUCCUACAUAAGCAAGGAUGAAAGAAAACUGGUAAUUUUUUGUUGUAUCUACUGGGAAUCACUCUUAUACAUAACUAAGUCUUUUAGUUAAAAUACAUGGAGAACUUAAAGAAUACUGGCGUGGGAGGGGGUAGGUAGAAUAUAGAAGAUAAACCAAGGUAUACAGAAUUUAAUAUUCCAGCUAUCAAUGAUAUUAUAGCUUAGUAAUGUUAACACACUAAAAUAGUGUAUCCCAGCAAUAUAUUAGUACUCAUUGGUAUUUUAUUAUUUCUGUGACCUUCUCAUUACCACUGUCUCUCAGAAGAGAAAACACUGCUAUCGGGCAUAAAGAACAUUCUCUGUCAUAGGACUUUUAUCUAUCUGUAAUUUGGUAUGCAUAUCUUUUAAUUUUCACUGUAUAAAUAAAUGCCAUGAAAUAAAAAUGUUUGGAUAUCUCAAA